CCUUUAAACCGCAAAGAAGAAGAAGAAGAAGAAGAAGAAGUAAAACUAAAACUAAUUCCUUUUUGUUUUGAGUCAUGUGGUCAGUCUACUACUAUGUAGGAAAUACUUGCUGCUUCUUUUUUUAUCAGUAUAUAAAUAUUCUUGUACAUUAAUCACUCUAUUGCCCUUUAGUGAGGAUUGUUAACAAUCGUCGCUGUCACAUGAGUGGAUGUAGUUCAGAAACAAAUGGAGUAUUAAUGAUAAUAACACUAUCCAUCGAAAUCAGAUUUUUCUGGAAUCUUCAACAUUAUGAAGAGCACUCUCAAAAUCGUUCUGUUUUUGCUAAGAAUGUGUGGAGUGUUUUAUGCUGAAACAGAUGAAGUGAAGUCCGUGUCAGUGAUGGAGGGAGAUUCUGUCACUCUAAACCCUGAUCUUACUCAAAUACAGGGAAUUGUCCUGCUACUGUGGAGGUUUGGAGAUAAAGGUUCCACCAUUGCUCAAAUUGAUGGAAAUGAAAUCUCAUAUGAAGAUGAUGAGAUAUUAAGAGGCAGACUGCAGUUGGAUCAGACUGGAUCUCUCACCAUCAAGAACACCAGGACCAAUCACUCUGGACUUUAUAAAGCAGAAAUCAGCCACAACAUUGCAACCUCAUAUAUUAAGUUCAGAGUUACUGUCUAUGAGUCUCUAUCUGUUAUUGAUGCUGGUGAGGCUGAAAUGAAGCUCAUGUCAGUGACGGAGGGAGAUCCUGUCGCUCUUCAUGUUCCUCAACUAUACGGAGAUGAGCUGAUAGUGUGGAGGUUUGGAGAGGAAGGAAAACUCAUAGCUAAACAUGAUAUAGAGGCCAAGAGCUCACCAUUAUAUGAUGAAACUGAUGAGAGAUUCAGAGACAGAUUCAAACUGAAUCAUCAGACUGGAUCUCUGAUCAUCACAAACACCAGAACCACAGACUCUGGACUUUAUACAGUGAAGAUCAGCAGCAACAAACAGACUUUAUACAAGAGAUUCACUGUUACUGUCAGUGUUCCAGGUCUGUCUCCAGCUGCUGUAGCAGGGAUUGUUGUUGUUCUGCUGCUAAUAGCUACAGCGGCAGCAGCUGCUGGUGUUUUAUUUUAUUGGUGCAGGACCUCUGAAUUAAAAAAUCAAAAGACAAAGAUCUCUGAACGACAAAAUGAAACCUUGGAGAUCGCUGAAAAACUGAAGCAAAUGUCCGAGAUCUCUGAACAGCUAAAGCAAAUGACAGAGGACUGUGAAAAAGAAUUACCUGAGAUAUCUGAACACCAUCAAACAUUGAAGAUCUCUGAACGACUAAAGCAAAUAUCUGAGAUCUCUGAACAACUGAAGCAAAUGUCGGAGGACUGUGAAAAAGAAUUGCGCAAGAUCUCUGAACGACUGAAGCAAAUGUCUUUGACAAAUAAAGAGGAGAUCUCUGAACAAGAAAUACGUACUGAUGCCACAAAAGAAGAGAUGGAGAGAGGUGAAAGGGAACGGUGCAUUGUUGUUAAAGACACUGCCAUAAGUCAGGCGAUUGGUGGGCCACGUGGUGCUGAUGGGAGAGUCCGAGACAUGUAUGGCAAGAGCCUUGUAGUCCUUAACACUAAUACUGAACAUACUGGAGUUCAUGAAUCAACAGGAAAAGGAGUGAAUGAAGAAACACCUUUUAUUAGUGAAUGAGCAGCAGAAGAAGAGUUCAGUUUGAUGAGAUAAGACACUCCCACUAGUGACAUCAACAUUUGAGCUGUGUCUUAAUCCAUCCGUCCAAAGUGAGAAAUGAACCCCGUGCGACCUCAUACGCUCACCUUGACAAUAGAAUCACCACUGGCUAGUCAAUUUUUUAGAUUACUCACCAGGCUAAUAUAUGUAUAUAUAAAUGAGCACCAGCCAGUGAGAACCAGAAGUGGCUUCUGCUUACAAUUAAAAUACAAAUACUCCACUAUUUUAACAGGAAAAUACAACAAAGAAUAUAAUUUACAUGUAGCAUAUCAGUUCAACAUGGUAAGUAAGACUGUCCUGCUCUCCCUCUCUUUGCAUGUGUGAGAGAAACACUAAGCGCUCUCUGCUAAGCAACGGCGAGUCGGGUGCCUUCACACUAGGCUUGCCGCGAUAGACGGUGUUGACGGUGAUACCGGUGUUAAGCCGCAA